AUGGCUGCUGCCAUGAGCUUUUCCCACCAAAUACACAUCUUCAUGCUCCUCUGCUACUUGAUGUGGUCUCUGCACCUACCUCGUGCCACUGCUUGGUUUUCUUUCACAUACAACUUCAACCAUCCGCAUGGCUACAACGCCCAAGACUUCAGUUACCAGGGCGACGCAUACUUCAACACCGUGUCUCAGGCAAUCCAGCUGACAAGAGCCGGUGGGAGUCCGAACAUCCGGAACAGUGUAGGCCGGGCGCUGUUGGUGCAGCCCGUGCCGCUGUGGGAUACCAUCACCGGCGAGCUCACCCAAUUCAACACCUCCUUCACCUUCCGAAUCAAUGUAAGCAGUGAGAUCACGGGCCAGGGCUUUGCUUUCUUUAUCGGGAGCUAUCCUUGGACGAGCAUGUCCGAUCCCCUUGAAAACGGCCAAAACCUAGGCCUUUUCAAGGGAAACCUCAGCACGGUUGCCACCGGCGACAAACAAAUCGUGGCGGUCGAGUUUGAUACGUUCUUCAACGUUGGCGUUGACACCAGUGGCAGCCACAUGGGCAUUGACGUCAACUCCAUCGUCUCCAAGGCGUACACCAACGUGACUGUGCCUGGCAAGAACCUAACGUCCGGCCUCCCGAUGACUUGUAACAUCACCUACAGCAACGAAACACAAACUCUAGCAGCUAUUCUCAAGAUCGGCGACGCGACAUACAGUGUCAACACUAGUGUUGACCUGAGGCUCAUGCCUAGUGUGGUGACCAUUGGCUUCUCCGGUGCUACCGGCGCGGCAGACGAGUUAUAUCAAAUAAUGUCCUGGAAAUUUCGCUCCACCUUCAACCCGCAUGCACGGAAGAGCUAUGAGAGUCCCCCUCCUGCACCAAAGAUCCUGCUAAUAGAGGUAAUAACCGGACCAAUUAUUGGAGUUAUUGCAAUUGUGUGCAUCUUUGUUGGUGUCCGUCGAUGGCAACUAUGCACGAGAAAGAAGCGUUACAGAUCUCUCGCAGGGGGCAUUGGACAUAUUGGUUAUUGUAAGUUGGCGCUUGCAGCCAACAAAUUCGCACAGGAAAACAAGCUAGGGCAAGGAGGCUCUGCCUCUGUUUAUCGGGGCGAACUGGCAAAUCCAAGUAGAGCAGUGGCAAUAAAGAGAUUCAAGCCGGCAACAUCUAGCGAGGGGAGGAAGGCGUUCGAGGACGAACUCAGGAUUGCCAGUCGCCUCAGGCAUAGGAAUCUUGUCGAAUUGAUAGGUUGGUGCUAUUAUGGCCAGAGAAACUUGGUUGAGUUUAUAUGCUGGUGGCGGGACGAUAGGUAUACACGUCUCUUCCUUGUGUACGAGCUUUUACCGCAAGGUAGCCUCGAUCAACACUUACACGAGGGCAAGAGUUGGUUGCCAUGGUCCAAGAGGUACGAUAUCAUCCUGGACCUAGGAUCUGCACUGCAAUACCUCCAUGUAGAUUGCGAGCAACACAAGCAAUGUGUCGUACAUGGUGAUAUCAAAUCAAGCAACAUGCUGCUUGACCCUUCGUAUGGUGCCAAGUUAGGUGACUUUGGAUUGGCAAGGUCUGUUCACCAAGGAACUGGGGCACAUACCACCGACGUUGUCCAGGGCACUUAUGGAUAUAUAGACCCUGUGUUUGUCAACACGAGCCAACGAAAUAGGCAGUCAGACAUCUACAGUUUCGGCAUUGUCCUACUAGAGAUGGUCUCUGGAAGGGACCCUACGGUGCGUCUCAAUGAUAGGCCUCCAUUGACAUCAUGGGUAAAGAGUUUGUACCAUGGGAAUGCACUCCUCGAGGCCGCAGAUGUCAGGCUGAUAGGUGGCGAGUCCAGUGUUGGGCGACAACAGAUGAAGCGUGCACUACUAGUUGGGCUCUUGUGCGUGCACCAGGAUCCGAGCUGCCGGCCGUCCAUCAUCCACACCAUGGAUGCUCUGCGAUCGGAGAGGCUGGAAUUGGACAUCACUCCCCUAGCGCCAAUGAUACCACUCUUGAUGCCAUAG